UUCAUCUUCUCCAACUUUUCUUCUCUUUUGUCUCCUACCACGAAAACCCAAAAUACUUUUACCCAUCACUUUCAUCUCUCUUUCCUUCUACUUUAUUUCUCUUUACCUCUUUUGGGAUAAUAAAAAGAAAACAAAAAGAAAAAACUCACCGUUUCUCUUUCUCUCUUCUAAAGGAAUUUGAAUUCUUCAGCGAUCUUUGAAUAUGCAGAUCUUUGUGAAAACUCUAACUGGGAAGACAAUCAUCCUUGAGGUUGAGAGCUAUGACACGAUCGACAAUGUCAAGGCUAAGAUUCAAGAUAAGGAAGACAUCCCACCAGACCUGCAGCGUCCUAUUUUCGCCGGUAAACAGUUGGAAGAUGGAAGAACUCUAGCUGAUUAUAACAUCCAGAAGGAGUCUACUCUUCAUCUUGUCCUUCGUCUCCGAGGUGGUAUGCAGAUCUUUGUUAAGACUCUAACCGGCAAGACCAUCACUUUGGAAGUCGAGAGCUCUGACACGAUCGAUAACGUCAAGGCCAAGAUUCAAGAUAAGGAAGGCAUCCCUCCAGACCAGCAGCGUUUAAUUUUCGCCGGUAAACAGUUGGAAGAUGGCCUCACUAUCGCAAGAGUUCACCAUACAUCAACAACUAUACUAAGUGUCGGGAAUUGGGUCACAUCUGUCUUCAUUUAA